AAAGAGGAAACGGCUAGGUUUUCCCCGCACUUAAAAUAAACGGCGGCGCCACAUUUGCAACAUAGCUCCGCAUUUUCUACUUUACUGUCUUCAACUGUUCUCUCUCUCUCUCUCUCUCUCUCUCAGAAGUGUUACGAAAGAGAGAUGCUCGGUCUGGGUCUGGCUGUUGGUCCUGCUGCUCCUGCUGCCAAUACACCCAACACCAAUCUUCUCCUGCUCUCCUCCAACAAGCAAAUACAAACCAAUUUCUCUUCUUCUUCUUUUCUCACGCCUUGUUCAGUCAGAAACGCGCAUCUGCUGCAUUCAAGUUGUAGAACAAUUAAAGCCAUGGCGGCUGAGGAUACCUUUACAGUGACAACCCAUGACUCCAAAUUUCCUGCCUCCGGUAAUAGGCUUGCUCUGAUAUCAUUGUCAGACAAGAAAGAUCUUGCUUUAUUGGGCAAUGGGCUUCAGGACUUGGGGUAUAAAAUUGUUUCGACUGGAGGAACAGCAUCUGCUUUAGAAAGUGCUGGGUUGUCUGUCACUAAAGUGGAACAAAUUACAUCUUUCCCGGAGAUGCUUGAUGGUCGUGUAAAAACUUUACACCCGAAUGUACAUGGCGGUAUCCUUGCUAGAAGAGACCAAAAGCAUCACAUGGAAGCUCUUAGUAAACAUGGAAUUGGUACUUUUGAUGUGGUUGUGGUGAAUUUAUACCCCUUUUACGAAAAAGUUACUUCAACAGGAGGAAUAGAGUUUGAAGAUGGAGUUGAGAAUAUAGAUAUUGGUGGUCCUGCCAUGAUUAGAGCAGCUGCAAAGAAUCACAAAGAUGUCCUGGUGGUGGUUGAUUCAGAAGACUAUCCUGCAUUGCUGGAAUAUCUUAAGGGAGACAAGGUUGAUCAACAAUUCCGAAGGAAGCUUGCAUGGAAGGCUUUCCAGCAUGUUGCUUCUUAUGAUUCUGCAGUUUCAGAAUGGCUGUGGAAGCAGACUACAGAAGACAAAUUCCGUCCGAGCUUAACGGUGCCUAUACUGCUCAAAAGUCCCCUUCGUUAUGGUGAAAAUCCUCAUCAAAAGGCUGCAUUUUAUGUUGACAAGAGUCUUUCUGAGGUCAAUGCUGGUGGUGUUGCAACUGCUAUCCAACACCAUGGGAAGGAGAUGUCAUAUAAUAAUUAUUUAGAUGCCGAUGCAGCUUGGAAUUGUGUGUCAGAGUUUAGGAAUCCUACCUGUGUAGUUGUGAAGCAUACAAAUCCUUGUGGUGUAGCUUCACGUAAUGAUAUACUUGAAGCAUACAGGCUUGCUGUCAAAGCAGAUCCCGUGAGUGCAUUUGGUGGCAUUGUAGCAUUCAACAUAGAGGUUGAUGAGGCUCUUGCUAAGGAAAUCCGAGAGUUUAGAAGCCCGACAGAUGGUGAAACUCGGAUGUUCUAUGAGAUUGUGGUUGCACCCAAGUACACAAAGAAAGGGCUUGAAAUCCUCCGAGGAAAAUCAAAGACUCUAAGGAUCCUUGAGGCAAACAAAAAUGAGAAAGGAAAGCUUUCACUUAGACAGGUUGGCGGUGGGUGGUUAGCACAGGACUCGGAUGAUUUAACUCCCCAAGAUAUACAGUUUAAAGUUGUUACUCAGAAGGCUCCACAAGAAAGUGAGCUUGGUGAUGCAGAGUUUGCAUGGUUGUGCGUCAAGCAUGUCAAAAGCAAUGCAAUUGUAAUAGCAAAGAAUAAUUGUAUGUUGGGUAUGGGAAGUGGGCAGCCAAACCGUCUGGAGAGUUUAAGAAUAGCCUUGAAGAAAGCAGGAGAAGAGGUCAAGGGUGCAGCUUUGGCCAGUGAUGCUUUCUUCCCAUUCGCUUGGAAAGAUGCAGUGGAAGAAGCAUGUGAGAGCGGAGUUAGUGUUAUUGCAGAACCUGGUGGGAGCAUCAGAGAUGGGGAUGCUAUAGACUGCUGUAACAAGUAUGGAGUUUCACUUCUUUUCACAAAUGUGAGGCACUUCAGGCAUUGAUAACAAUUUUCUGCCUUGGUGCUUGUCUUGGGACCUUAGGUCUGAAUCUGUUGUUUUCAUAGGAUUACUGAGUUUCUUUUUGUUCUCUCCUGGAGAAGUUCCUGUAGAUGGUUGCUUGGCAUCCGGGCAAGUCAUAAUGAAUCUUUUUUUGGGUAUAAAAUAAGGGCUUAAAAAUCAAAUUUCA